UCACUCUAAAAUGAAAACAAACCGUACGUGACGUAAAUUUGGCGCGAAAAGACGAAACUGAUAGCCUAAGAAUAGCUUUAAGAGUUAUAAGGUGUAAAGUAAACAUUCAACCCUUUUAUGUGACAUCUGACAUCAUUUGGUGAUAAAAAUGUUCUGUGAAAAAGCGAUUGAGCUCAUUAGAGAACUGCAAAGGAUGGGUGAUGGUCAAUUGCCAGCGUUUAACGAAGAUGGUAUUAGGCAAGUACUGGAGGAGAUGAAAGCUUUGUAUGAACAGAAUCAAAGUGACGUCAAUGAAGCCAAGUCUGAGGGCCGGAGUGAGCUGAUUCCAACAAUCAAGUUUCGUCAUUGUUGUCUGCUAAGAAAUCAACGCUGCAUUGCUGCUUACCUCUAUGACAGACUGCUUCGGGUCAGGGCCUUGAGGUGGGAGUAUGGAAGCGUGCUGCCCACAAAUAUUCGCUUCCACUUGUGUGCAGAAGAGUUGGAGUGGUUCAACCAAUACAAGAAGUCCUUGGCCACCUUUAUGAGGUCUCUUGGAGGAGAGGAAGGACUGGACAUAACACAGGACGUGAAGCCGCCUAAGAGUCUGUACAUAGAGGUGCGCUGUUUGAAAGAUCAUGGCGAGUUUGAAAUUGACGACGGGACCAUAAUACUUCUGAAGAAAAACAGUCAGCACUUUUUGCCACGUUGGAAGUGUGAGCAGCUGAUUCGUCAGGGAGUCUUGGAGCAUGUGGUCUCAUGAAUGACCAACUAUUAGGUAGUGUAACUGUGUGUCCACUUGUUGAGUCCACUAAACAUGCACAAUAUUUAAAAAAGUGCUUUGAAACAAGACAGAUGUCAUGUAUUGUUGGGGGACAUUUAUUACUUGGUCAGCUUGUUUUUACAAUGAUUGUGUAGUGCAGGACAAUUCCAGGUUACAUUGUCUCUUUACAAUAACUACAGUUGGAGCACCAUCUUGUAAUUGUGUUCUCAAAUAAUUUAGGAAUCAAACUGUUGACUGUACAGCAGUGCAAUACGAUUGAAAAAUGUGCAGAUUUACAAAAAGGUGUUUAUCAAAACUUUACAUCUAAUAAAUACUGUGCUUUUGGUUGAGUUUUAUAUUUAAAAGAUUGUAACAAACACCUCAAUAAAAAGGAAUUUCCCUUAAUGUGAGCUACUCAAUCAUAUCUCAGCCUUUCACAUAUAGUACCACUCACCUCAUACAGUCUCAGACCUCGCAUAAGUACAGUACCUCGAAGUUUGGUGAUAAACCUGGAAUGUUAUUUUUACACAAUCUGGUCAUUCACUGAUUGAAGUAACAAUUCUGAAGUCACAAUGAACCAUGGUUAACUCAAAACACAAAUGUACUCUUGUCUAAUAUGUUUCUGUUAUUGUCUAUACAUGCAAGUUGUGCUGCAAUUAACAAAGUACUUACAGUAUCUUAGAACCGUUGAAAUCAGUUGUGGUUGGGAA